AUGGCAGAAAACUCGGGCUCUAUGGAAGCCUUUCUAGUGGAAAUAAAACGUGAUCUACUUGCGGCUGUGGCCGAAUACAUAGGGACAACCGUUUUCCUGCUGAUGGGUAUGGGAGGUAUCCAGGCGGCUGCAACAUCUAACGAAGCUGCCAAAGAGGCCAGCAGGAGUUCAAUCAUAAACGAAGUGGCAAGUGUCAGCCAAUUGCUCUAUAUUUCAACAAGCAUGGCACUGGCUUUACUGGCUUCAGCAUGGACAUUUUUCCGGAUCAGUGGAAGUGUAUUCAACCCCAAUGUUGCGAUUGCAUUGGCUAUGACGGGAGCCCUGAAGCCAAUCCGUUUCUUCCUCUACGUGGUUGCUGAGAUCUUAGCUGGCAUCACCGCAUCUGCGAUUUUGAAUGCUAUCCUACCAGGCUCUUUGGCAGUCGGGUGCGGCCUGGGAGUCGAAACAAAAGUUUGGCAAGGCUUGGUGAUUGAAGCAAUUCUCACUGGUAUCCUCACCAUUACCGUCUUAUUUCUCGCCGUCGAAAAGCACCGUGCUACUCCAUUCGCCCCGGUGGCAAUCGGCCUGGUACUCUUUGCCACUCACAUGUUCGGCGUCAUAUUCACUGGUGCAGCUAUGAAUUCUGCACGUGCAUUCGGGCCUGAUGUGAUCACGGGAUUCAAAUCCUAUCAUUGGAUCUACUGGAUUGGGCCUUCGAUUGGAUCCAUCGUCGCUGCGAUGAUAUAUCUUUUCUUGAAGAGCGUCGACUACGAGACUUUUAACCCGAAGCAAGAUUCCGACCAAGUACACGACUCGCCGGACCUACAAGGCAUCGAGGUCAAAAUGCGUCGACGCAAUACACAGUUCGAGAAAACCAACGAAUUCGGCUAUCCAAUCGGCAUGGCGCAGAACCCUAUGCCUGCAAACUUUGGACUGGUUUCGGCGCCAUUUCCUGCCUCGAUAUAUCACGGUAACACGAAUGAGGUCUGCGCACCCGUCAACCCAUUACCUUACGGAAGCAGUGCCAGUAGGCCACAGAGUCCAGCACUGAGAGCACGUAAUGGCGCGCCGUCUAUUAGUGGUGCAAUGAGCACGAUCGCAUCAGCAAGACAACUGCAUCCUAAAGGAUUUUCCCAAAAUGGGGCUCACAUCGAGCACCACGAAAAUGUUGACAGGACCGAAGAGAUUUCACCAAUGACAGAUGGAUUCGUCCAUGAGAGGAAAUUGCAGAAUCAUCCUGGCAGUGUAUGUUAA